AUGGCUUCACGGCCACGGCCGCGGCCUGCACACAUUGUGGGUCCGACGCGCUGCGCUUACACGCCCAACGGAAGGCAGCUGGUGACGGUCGGGGCCAAUAACACGAUCCGGCUGUACAAGACGGGAUUCGACGGCGAGCCAGCGAAUGUAGACGACUGCCAGGAGCAGAACGUGGGCGUGGCGGCGACAGACGACUUUUUUGUUGUCGGUUCCGAGGACGGCACGGUCAGUCUGUACUCGCUGGACACCAACAGCUUUGAGCGGUUCCUGGUGCGGACGUCGCUGCCGGUGCGCGACGUGGCCCUUUCAGCCGACGGACGCUGGUGUGCAGUGGCCAGCGACGAGUUGACGGUGCGCGUGGUUGGCACCGAGGACAACACGGUGGUACGGCACCUGCGGGCGCACAGCCGGCCGACCAAGCAUGUGGCCUUUGAUCCGCAGGGCCGCACCAUCGCGCUAGCCUGCACCGACGGCAUUAUCUACAGCCUAGAGUCGGACGCGGAGGCGACGGCGCACAUUGCCUGGCACCCAGAUAGCCGCGCCUUUGCCGUGGCCACGCCAACACGUGACAUCCAGGUGGUCUCGCGCAACGACUGGGAGAGGCAGCGGGUCUUUUCGGGCGGCCACGAGGGCGAGAUCACGGCGCUGGCCUGGUCGCCCAAUGGUGCCCUGCUGGCGUCGGCCGGUCGUGACGGCAAGAUGCUCCUCUGGGAGACGCGCACGCAGUCCGUCGUCGCACGACACGACUAUGCUGGCGUCCAGGACAUUGCCUGGCACCCGACCAACAAUUUGGUCUCCUUCACCAACGGCGAGGGCGAGGUCUACAUCUGUCCCGACUUUGUCGGCCCCCAGUACGCCGCCCUGCUGCGUCUGCCCGUGCAGCCGAGCCCCUUCAUCCACGACCCGGACAAGGCCGUGCCCAACGGUCACAACCGCAACCGCGGUCACGGACUGCUGGACGUGGAUGCUGCCGUUGACUCGGGCGACGAGGGCCUGAUGAGUGGUCUAGAAGGUGGCAGCAUGGCCGGGGGCGACGACGGGCUGGACGAAGACGAUUUUGGCCUGGACGAUGACGAAGACGACGGCUUUGUGGUGGACGAUGACGGUGCCGGAUACACAGCAACAGCAACAGUAGAAGCGACGGCAAUGGGCCGAAAGCGACCCCACGACGGCGAUCCAUACGACCUACAGCGGAGCGCGAAGCGGCCAGGAGGAUCCGGUGCGACCAACGGGCGAAGAGGAGGCGCGGGCGCAUCGUGGCCGCCGCGGUACCACGCAGCCUUCCAGCCGGGAUCGACACCAUGGCGCGGAAACCGCAAGUAUCUCUGCCUCAACCUCGUCGGCGUCGUCUGGACGGUCGACCAGGACGCUCAUCACACGGUGACGGUGGAAUUUUACGACCGCGACUUCCAGCGCGAUUACCACUUUACCGACACGUUCCUCUACGACAAAGCGUGUCUCAACGAGCAUGGCACGCUCUUCUCGUGUCCACCGCGCGAGGACAGCACGGCCGGCCGGCGUGGUGGCACACCGGCCAUGCUCUUCUACCGGCCGCACGAGAGCUGGACCCAGCAGCGGCUGGACUGGCGGACGGCUCUGCCGGCGGGCGAAACGGUGGUGGCCAUGUCCCUGAGCGCCUCAUACGUGACUGUGGCGACGUCGGCUGACUACGUGCGCGUCUACACACUCUUUGGCGUGCCCUGCCGCGUGUUCCGACCCAAGAGCACACCCGUGGUCACGUGCGCCAGCUGGCACGACUACGUCUUGACCAUGGGCAACGGGCCUGCCGCGCCCGACGGCACCGCCCGGCUGCAGUACACGAUUCAGAACGUGCAGCGCGAUGAGAUAUGCCAGGACGACGACACGGUGGCCCUGCCAGCCGGCGUUACCGUGCAGUCCGUCUUCUUCUCGGACGAUGGGGACCCCUGCAUCUACGAUUCGACCGGCACCCUGCUGACGCUGCUGCACUGGCGCCAGCCGUCGCGGGCGUCGUGGGUGCCGCUGCUCGACACCCGCCUACUGCCGCGCCUGGCCUCGGGCCGCAAGCACGAGUCCUACUACCCCAUCGCGGUGGCCGACCGCCGCUUCCACUGCAUCAUACUCAAGGGCGGCGACAAGUACCCGUACUUUCCGCGGCCGCUGCUGUCCGAGUUUCCGUUCAGCGUCCCGCUGACGUCGGUGCCGGCGGGCGGGAAGAGGGGAGGGGGCGAAGACGGUAACGAGGAUGGCGAGGGCAGUGACGAAAACGAUGACGAAAACGAAAACGACACUGAGCGCACCGAGGAGGCCGAAUCGCGGCGCCUCGAGCAGACGCUCGUGCUGCACAACCUGCACGCGGCCCAGAUGGCAUCUUCGUCGGCGGCAUCGCCCAGCUCGCUGGCGCGUCUGCACCUCGAGGCCGACAAGACGCUGCUGCAGCUACUGGCGUUGGAGUGUCGGGCCGGCGAGGAGCGCGGCAUGCGGGCGAUGGACCUGGUGCGGCUGCUGCGCGACGGCAACGGCCACCUGAUGGAGGCCGCCGUCAAGGUGGCCGAGCGCUACGGCAGGGCGGUGCUGGGCAGCAAGAUCCGCGAGGAGGCUGAGCGCCGGUUGGCGAGGCGAGUAGAGCUGGAAGAGGACGAAUAA